AGCACAGCACUGGAUGGGCUGCUGCAGGGAAAGUUAACAUCCCAGCCCGACCCAGUACAGAUGCAUAACACAGAAAUACCAGUAUUAAUUCAGAGGAUACUGAGAAAUGUGGAAUUGAGUCCCUCUUGGGCGUUUCUGUUUUUCUUAUUAAUCUUUUCCUCUUUUAAACCUAUAAUUUUCUCAUCUUUUAAUUAAAACAUCUUUUUUUUUUCAGCACAGUGAGGCCACAAUGGAUCAAACUGGGAAUGAUACACUGCCAGAAGAUCCAGAGCAGAAGAAACAGUCUUUCUCUUUUGGUUGUAAAGUGUCAGAAUUGUUGUUAUCCCUCAGAAAUAUUAAAAAUGAGCAGGAAAAGUACCAAUGGCUUUUGGAACAAAGGCACAUCUCUCUCUUUCAUACCAUACCGUCAGCUGUGAGAUCUAAUAACUGGGAUGCUGCAGCACAAAACAAAUGCAGUUCUCUUUGUCGUGAUUUUGUUAGUAGUAUAUAUUCACAAAUAGGUUUUGUAAAGAAAAAUGCUGACUCACCAAGAACAGAAAUGACAAUCCCAGGCAGUUUCAUAUCUGAAGAUGUCAAACAGCUGCUUAAAUCAAAGCCAAAAAUAUCUGUUGCUGGAGGACACAAAAAAUAUGAUGUUUGUGACCCACUGCAAAAACUUAUUUUACCUUAUGUGUUUUUGAUCAAAAGUUGCCUACCAAUGCCAGUUUCUUUGAUCCAAGACAAAUGUUUCAGCGGGGAGAUAUUAUGCAAGAUACAAUAUUUCAGGAAAGAGAAAAGGCUCCAGCCAGCAUUUAAGAAUUCUGCCAUUUCAAAAUUACACAGUUCUGAAGUGUCAGAAAUACCAUAUGUGAUCUUCCAUAAUCUGAGAGGACUGCAGUGGAAAUUGUAUAAAGGCAUGGCGAAGAGGAAGGAGCCUUUCCAAAUUUUUUGGAGAGAAGCAAAUUACAGAACUUCCACAAUAUUAGAGGAAAAACAUGAGAAGACAGAAUACAUCCUCCCUUUGAUUUUUAAGGAUUCAAUAAUUCUCUCCGUUUAUCCUGCAUAUUCUGCUCUACGCCUUGAAUUUAAGUGGAAAUGACUGCAGUACAGCAGAAAAGGAAAUAAAUCUGCAAGUACCCU